GUGGGAGGCAGGCCGGCAGACGGACUCGCGGUCGGGUGGUGGCGGCCGUGCUCGCUAGUGAGGGCGGGAGGGAGUGAGUCACUGAGCGUGUGUGAGGGAGGGAAGGAGCGAGCUAGCAGCCCGCGCCGUUCGUCCGCAGCACCCGCCAGGCCCCGCCGCUUCUCCGCCGCCCCGCGCCCAGGCCGGGCCAAGCCGAGCCGAGCCGGGUCGGGUCCGGUCCGGGCCAUGCUGCUCACCGUGUACUGUGUGCGGAGGGACCUCUCCGAGGUGACCUUUUCCCUCCAGGUCGACGCCGACUUCGAGCUGCACAACUUCCGCGCGCUGUGCGAGCUCGAGUCCGGCAUCCCCGCAGCCGAGAGCCAGCUUGUUCAUGCCGAAAGACCUCUCACAGACAACCACAGAUCACUGGCUUCUUAUGGCUUGAAAGAUGGGGACGUGGUGAUUUUACGACAGAAGGAGAAUGCAGACCCUCGACCUGCAGUGCAGUUCCCAAACUUACCACGGAUAGACUUCAGCAGCAUAGCUGUGCCUGGCACGUCAAGACCCCGCCAGCGCCCGGCAGCAGGCGCACAGCAGCCCCACUCAUCUGCUGGAGAGAUAGCGUCCUCUCCUCAGGGCUUGGACAACCCAGCCCUUCUCCGAGACAUGCUGCUGGCCAACCCGCAUGAGCUGUCCUUGCUGAAGGAGCGCAACCCGCCCCUGGCAGAAGCCCUGCUCAGCGGAGACCUCGAGAGAUUUUCCAGAGUCCUGGUAGAGCAGCAGCAGGACCGAGCCCGGAGAGAGCAAGAAAGGAUCCGUCUCUUUUCUGCUGACCCCUUUGAUCUUGAAGCUCAGGCAAAGAUAGAAGAGGAUAUCAGGCAACAGAACAUUGAGGAGAACAUGACGAUAGCUAUGGAAGAAGCUCCUGAAAGCUUUGGCCAAGUGGUGAUGCUUUAUAUUAACUGCAAAGUGAACGGGCAUCCUGUGAAAGCCUUUGUUGACUCAGGUGCCCAGAUGACUAUUAUGAGUCAAGCCUGUGCAGAAAGGUGUAACAUAAUGAGACUGGUGGACCGGCGGUGGGCAGGGAUUGCCAAAGGAGUGGGCACCCAGAAGAUUAUUGGAAGGGUACACCUAGCUCAGGUUCAGAUUGAAGGAGACUUCCUGGCGUGUUCCUUCUCCAUUCUCGAGGAGCAGCCCAUGGACAUGCUUCUGGGACUGGACAUGCUGAAACGGCACCAGUGUUCCAUUGAUCUCAAGAAAAAUGUACUGGUGAUCGGCACCACAGGCUCCCAGACGAGCUUCCUACCCGAGGGAGAGCUGCCAGAGUGCGCCCGCUUGGCAUAUGGCACUGGGCGAGAAGAUGUGCGACCAGAAGAGAUUGCAGACCAAGAGUUAGCAGAAGCCAUUCGGAAAUCAGCAGAGGAUGCAGAGAAAAGCGGUAAAGAAUCUACCUCACUGGGAAUGUCAUCAUUACCAACUUCAGAUGGAUUUACCCAUCCAGCCCAUUCUCCAGGACCAAGUCCUGAGAAGGGUAAUCCUCCAAGUCUUGCUCACUCUGCCUCUGCUUCAGUCCGCCCUGUCAAGCCCUGUGACCAAGAUAGCAUUGAACUUAAAGCUGUGAAGGCUUUGAAGGCUUCAUCUGAGUUCCAGAUGAACUCAAAAAAGAAAGAACUCCUUCCUCUACAGGAUUUUUCUGAUCAUGCUUCCUCAGCAGACCAGAGUCCAGCUAUGCCUUUGCAUAAUUCAUCCGAAGAAGCAAUUAUUAGAGAUAAUCUGGAGAAAUCUGCUGAAAGAAGCAACCAGGGCCUCAAACUUUAUCUCCAUGCAAGACAGGAAACUAGUUUAUCUGUCACAACUACUAGGAUGCAUGAACCACUGAUGCUUGCAGACACAGAGGGUUGGCACCCAGGAAAUCAGAACCUACAUCAACUCAGUGGCCUUCAUCAGCACACAGAACCAGGGAAUAAACAGCGUGAGGGACAGCAGGAUGUUCCACGUGGCCAAGGACAGCUCUGUGAGCCAGGGGAUCUUGAGCUUCCUGAAGAAGAGCAGCAGAAUCAACAGCAAAGUGUUAAUUUGAAAGCUAUGAUGAAAGGAGAUGGGCUUCAGCAGAAUGCAGAUCUUCCGAGCACAGAGGAAAGCUCUCUGCCUUCAGGAUGCUUCGGCUGCUCAAAUUCAGACAUGCUUAUGGAGAUAGAUGUGGAGCAGACCCUAGUUGCUGUACUUAAUUCAGCAGCCAGGCAGAACGCCGAUGUCAAGAACGUUGGCAUCGAGUCUAGACUCACUGCAGAUAAUCCCUCGAUGGAAGUAGAAACAUCAAAAUGUAAUCCUUCAUCUGAAAGUGUGAAUGAUUGUGUUUCCACUCAGGCUUUACAGCCCCCAGAAAGUAAUAUUGAAGUGUCUGAAACAAAUAAUGAAUACAGCAACAGUCUACCCUCUCUGAAUCUCGGUGGCACUGGUCAGCCGUCUGUGGAGUCAGCAGAAGAAUCUUGUUCAUCUGUAACAGCAGCCUUGAAAGAACUUCAUGAACUUUUGAUCAAUAGUAGUAAACCAGCUUCAGAAAAUACAUCUGAAAUUACCUGUGUGUCAGAAACAGUACCCGAGGGCCAAACAAGUGUUAAAGGCCUUCCAGAAAGAUGGACUCAAAAUGAGUAUCUUCCCCACAGAGAUCUGUGUCCACAGGUCUCCUGCCAUCAGGCCAGAUGUGUAUCAGGGAAGACAGAAGGCUUAGGCUCUGCAUCUGGAACAGAAGACAUGGAAAGCACUAGCUUCCAGGGACCAGGUGAUGGCCUGUCAGCUGACCAGGAAGGUGUCCCCAAAUCUAGAGAGUCACUGAGUGAGAGCAGUUCUGUCACUGUAACCUCAGCUAAGUCAUCUAAUCAAUUACCCUGCACCUUAGGUGUAGAAAUUACAUCCAGUCUCCUAGGCGAUGAGGAGGAUGCCCGCAAUCAGACUUCGGAGCAGACGGAGUCUUUGCCAUCUAGUUUCAUACUGGUUAAAGACUUGGGUCAUGGCACACAGAACCCAGUAACAGACAGGCCCGAAACCAGAGAAAAUGCCUGUCUUGAUGCUGCAAGGCCAUUUCUUGAAUUGGAACCACUGACCAGCUGUCCGUCAUCAAGUCCUUCCCUCCUUUUACCCUUAAGUUUUCCUGCCACAGAUAUUGACCGGAUUAUUCGGGCUGGCUUCACUUUGCAGGAAGCUCUUGGGGCUUUGCAUCGCGUUGGUGGGAAUGCAGAUCUUGCACUUCUUGUUUUGUUAGCAAAGAACAUUGUAGUUCCCACAUAACUAUGGGAAAGUGGGCUAGACCGUACUCCGUUCCCUUUUAAAAAAAAAGAAGCACUCUAUACACACACACACACUCACCACAUACACAGUAUAUGUAGAACCCCGCAAGCAGAAUGUUGAGCCAGAUUUUUUUUUAAGGGUUUUUUGGGGGGCGUUUUUUUUUGUUUUGUUUUGUUUCAUUUUUGGCCAAAGUAAUUUAUGAUCUCUUGUCUGAUGAAUUUGUCUAUCCUACCUGUUAAAUUUUGGGCCUUUAAAAAUGUAUUGGCAGUAUGCAUACAAAAGCUUUUUAUUCUCACUAAGGUGAUGUAUUCUGGAAUAAAAUGGAUGGUUUUGUGUAUAGCAUAACAUAUUAGAAUGAGAGUGAAUGCUUUAAAAAGCAGAGACCAUGAAAAAUCCCACUACCCAUGCAAGUAGAAACACAUCAGCUCCCCACCUGUCUCUGCUGCAGGCAGGGUAUGGCUUGUUGACUCCAUUUAGAAACUUCUGACUAUAGAGCUUGGUGUUUGGAAUUAUACACAGUGACUGUGUAUUAUGACUCACCAGUUAUAACAGGAAAUUGAAGAAUAAUUGGAUAAUAUACCCUAGGGUGGUAUGCUUUUAUUUGUGUGCUCAGGAAUUGACAUUUUAAUGGGGGGGGGGCGGCUACUCUGCAUCACAGGCUGCUGCGUGCAUGGGUUGAUUGCCAAAUACCUUUAUUACAUUGGCCGGAAUAAGUUAGAAUUAACAUUGUAGUGAAACAUGGUGCUACUCAAACUUUAAAAGGGAAGAAACAAAAAGGCCCCAAUCAUGAUUCCAUUUGCAGAUGCCAAGAACUGUAGGAGAAAAGGAAUGGCCUAGAUAAACACUGGAAUUUACUAGAGAUUGGGUUUGCUAGCAUCUCCCUGAUAACACCUCAAUCCUUCCUGACUAAUAACAAAUGUAAGUUCAGUUAAACAGGUUGGUUGCCAGCAGCUUGUUUCCUUUCAGUGUCAUCUACUAGGCAGUUCUUCCAGAGCUCCAUUUGGGCUGUGGUCUGAAUGAAGUGGAAGUGCGAUGAUCUUGUCACUGGUUCCCCGUGGUGCUUGGAAUGUCAGUUUGGUGUCGUUCGUGGCAGUGGAAAUAGUAAUAGUAGUUUCUGAUCAGUGGCCUUGGCAAAGUUUUCCAUCCCUUUCUUUCCUCAGGAGUUUCUUUUUUAAGCAAGAUUAAUGUUUGUGUUUACCAUGUCAAACUAGAGUGGGGCAAAAUAUAUAGAAGUAUUUAUUGUGGCCUUUUUUUUAUAUAAGGACUUGCCCUUGGAAGUCAUUGUCCCAUGGGCCCCACUGUGCAAUAAUCCUACUGGAUAGGUGUUAGAUAGUUCCUAGAAAUUGAACUGUUCUUUUACAUACCUAGCAAAAAUCUGAAAUCUUGAUUUUUUUUUUUUUUUUUUUUUUUUUUUUUUUUUUUUUUAAGAAUUUUGAAAGCCAGGCGUGGUGAUACAUACUGGUAAUCCCAGCUCUUGGAAGCCUGAGACAGAAGGAUUACAAGUUUGAGACCAGCCUGGGCCAUAUAAUGAGAUCCUGUCUCAAGAAAUAAAUAAUAAAAAUCAAAAUUUUUUAAAAAAUGGAUUUUUGAGAAUGAUUAUUUCUGAUUCCAAAUUAUAGUCUGCAAUGUGUUUGAAGGAAUGAUUUCUGAACUUGAGUUAAAUGAUAUUUUUCUGAAGUCUCUCUGAAAGCUUGUUUUUUCCAUGAAAAUUUAAAUCAGCACAAUCAAAACCAGAGCUCAUCUCAGGAGUUUUUGAAACUUUUAUUUUAGCAGCUCUUAGAGGCAUUUCUCUCUCCUUCUCCCAGUCUCUCUCUUUUGCUGUGUUGCUUGUAUGUAUGCUUUGAGACUUCAGUGACCUGGCACAGGUCUCCAGAUUCAUCAUGAUCUUUCCUGAAGUUAGGAAAGGGUUGACAGAAGGAGUUGUUUCCUGCUUUCCAGGGGGCGCUCAGAACAGCAGGUGAACCCGGCUGUCUUUAAACAUCCAGACAGCCAUGCGUUGAGGAGUCUUGCUUGCGCUACACCAAAGACGUGAGAUGUACUAGGAAACAAUUACAGGAUUUUUGUCAACCAGCUCAGAGCUGUGAUUGUAAUUCAGUAGUUGGUGCUAUGAUUAAGACAAAAUCCAGCAUCAGUGCAGCGGGGGCCUGUAUUUGCUUUAUGGGUGGUGAUUUGAGAGUAUAAUUUAAGGUUACAAAUCUUUAGGGCACAGGGUGGGGUGGGUAAGGGAACUCACUGGUGACAGUGGACUCCUCCCGAGAGGCCUGCUGUGUGGAGGUGGCCGCACAGCACUCUGAGCAUAUGAGACCUCAGCACACCAUUCAGAAGCUGGCCACUGACUUUAUGGUGUCAAGGUUUAGGUAACUGUCCCAGGUGGAGUACGUAAUGACAGUCUGGAAAAGAUUUCAUUACAGUAGCUUUUCUGUAUGUAUCUGUAUAUUUACUUUUAGGAUUUUUUUUUUUUUUUUUUUUUUUUUUUUUUUUUGUCUUUUUCGUUUUUUAGGAAAAAAUCAGAUAGGCUUAUUGUUGUACAGGAAUUGUUAGGAAUACUUUCAGUGAGCUUAACCCACUUGCCAAAUAUCCUUGUCCCUUUUGGUCUAUUUUUGUUUGUUUGCUUAUUUGUUCGUUUUUAAACAUAUACUUGCUUUUGAUUUUUAAAAUAUCACUUUCUGUCCACCAUUCGUAUAAAAAUAAAAUUGUUGACGUUAGGAUUUUGAAUGAUUAUUUUAAUUUUGUAGUUCUAGCCCACAAAGGGUACAUUACACUGGUGAAUCUGCAUUGUCAGUUUUUAUGCAGUGUUUAAUACUUUAAGAACUUUAGAAGUGCAGAAACUAUAUAUUAACUUCUAAAACUAAAGAUCAAGUCAUUGUGAGCUCUGGUUGUCAGCAGAGCUGAUAGAUAAUAGCCAUAACCAGCACUGGAUAGCUCCUGCACUGUAACCAGUAGGGGCAGUCCUGUGGCCAGCACUUACAUCCUAGGGGGGUCUCUGCUUAUACACCAAAGAGGAGUAGAUGUCCUGUAAGCCUUGAGUGUUCCCUCAAGUCGGUUCCUGUGUAGAAGGGUGUGUUUGCUAACCAGCUAUGCCGAGGCUACAGACGUUGCUUUUGGCACUUAAGACCAUGUGCAGUUGCCUGCUUGCUUAGGCCUUCAGACAGCCAGGAGCCUUGUUGCUACAGUGUGGGCUCUAACUGUUAAUGGAUAAACAGAACCAGUCGCUUGGCAAAGGAAGCUGGGUAGAUUGAAAGUGUUAGAACCCUUCUGCCUGCAGCCUACAUGUCCCAGAGCUCCUUGACUCCAUAAGCACUGAAGGGACACACAGCCCAUUGUGUUUCUUCCCCAACAGUGCAAGAGGAUACCUAGGAAUAAAAUAUAAGACUUUGUAUCACUGAUUUUUGUGGUGCCCGUUUAAUGUAGAAUCAUCCUGUUCCUCCCUACCACAACUCUCUCUAAUGAAAGCCAUAAAAUUGUUGGUGUGACUUUUCAGCUCAUGUCUAUAGAUACAUGUGUAAACUAUCACAUACAUAUGGUGAUUGACAAAUAUCUUAGUUAAUUUUACAUAGAUUAAAAAGCAAGCAAUUUUUGUAUCUAAUAGUCUUCACUUACGGUGGCUUUUAUCCCACCAUGUGUAUAAUAAACUGCCUUGCAGAUAGCUAGUCUGGAGAGUCACAGUGCAUUCGGAUUGCCUUGCCCUACCCGUUGGCCGCCUGUGGCGAGGGCGCACAGGAAGGUUGAGUUGCUCCAUAUUUCACACUUAACUCUCACUGGCAGCGCGGCACAGAGAAGCUAACCAGGGCCUGGGGCGAGCUCAGUGGUACAGCGCAUUUGAGCACGUGAGGCCUGACUUUGAUCCCAGCACCAAAAAAGAUCAAUAAAUAAUAAAUACAAGACGCUAACUGGGUUGUGUUCUCUCUCUAGCACACUCACCCGAAGGCCCAGUUUCUCAUUUGAAUUUGCUGACUUAGUGUAGUCUGUGGCUAAGCUAAAAAGAUAGUUACAAGUUUCCCUUCCUAGAAAAUGUGUCGUGAUAGGAAUUUCAUAAAAUGAAAGUAGCCUCCUCUGCCCUGAGAAUUUUUGCUGAUUUCUCUUAAACAAUCAAGUUGAUUUCAGAGCCUGUCCUUUGUGCUGGAAUGUGAUGUCAAGGCUCAAGUUUUAUACUAAGUGGAGCCUCUGGAGGUUUUAGGAGUUCAUUGAAUAAAGAACUUAGGGGUGAACCUUCAAUGUUCUUGCUUUUCUUUUGUGCCUUAGUUUCUCUGAACAGCAGAGACAUCGAAUGGUGGGGAAUGGCAGUGGGGGAGGCUGGGGGGAAAGGUUAAAGUAGCCUCCUGGGGAUGAGGACCCGUGGAGGGCUUUGGCUCCUGACUUUCCCCACGCUGAGUCACUGGGUGUCCCCUGACAGGGUUGCUAUAUGGGGUUUUACAUCUGGUAAACCAAAAAUGGUCUCUAGAUGUUUAUUGUGUUUAUUGUUCUAUCAGUGUUAGGAGUAAGGAAGAGGAAUUCAAGAAAUUACUUUCUUAACAUAUUUAAAAGAAAGUUAACUACUCCCUUCAAGGUUAGGCGUUACAAAUCUUUGAGACAGGGCUUGCUCUGUACCACAGGCAGGCCUCAAGAUGCAUGGGGUCCUCAUGCCUGAGCCCCUCAAGUGCUAGGAUUCCAGGCGUGUACCACUAUGCCUAGUUUUCUUUUUUGGGUCUUUGAGACAGUCUCGUGGUGUAGUUAAGGCUGGUCUUAAACUCACUGUUUAGCUCCUCAAAACUCCUGGGACUUCUGCCUCAGCCUCCUGAGUGCUGGGGCUGCAGCAGAGCCCCACCACACCCGGCUUGCAGUAUGACUGAGCACGAAAAUCUUCCUGAGUGCCUGUGUGCCGGGGCCUGACGAGUGCUAGGGAUUCAGGUGUGACUGCUUCCAAUGCAAACUACUACUGCUCGUAAAUUUGUUGGAGUGUUUUUGUUUUCCUCUCCCAGGACAGGGUCUUGUGUUCCCCAAACUGGUCUCAAACUUGGAACCUUACAGCCUCAGCCUUCCACAUAGCUGGAAUUACAGACAUACACUACUGCACACAGUGAGCAGGCCUUGCUUUUUUCUUUUCUUUUCUGUUUUUUUUUUUUUUUUUUGGUGCCGGGAUCAAACUCAUGACCUUGUGCUUGCCAGGCAGGCCAUGCCUUGCUUUUGAAGUCAGAGUUACACACUUCUAAUUUAGAGCUAGCUGGAAAGACUCAAACCCACAAUGGAAUCAGAUGUUGGGAACAUACAGUCUUCCCCACCCUUCCCCUCCAGUUCUGUGGAUUGAAUUCAGGCUUUUGUGCAUGUUAGAUAAGCCCUGUCACAGAUGCAUCCUUAGCUUUAGAAUGAUUCCUACAUUUUCCUUUGGGAGUGGGUACCAGGAAUGGAACUCAAAACCUCGUGUUUGUCAGGCAGUGGCCAUAUUGCUGGGCUCUUGGCAGCCCACGUUUUACUUUUUUAGUGCCCGGUGUAGCGUGUGCUUGUAAUCCCAGCACUCAGAGAGUCGGGCAGAAACAUCAAAGAGUUUGAGGCCAACCUUGCCUACACAGUAAGACCCUGUCUCCAAAAAUUUUUUAAAUAUAUUUUGAAAAGAGUCAGAUACACUAACAAAGUUGUAACGUCUGGUAGGAACACCUGAAGGGAUCAGGUACUGAGGUCAAUUUAUAAUUAGAGAAAAGGGACAGGCAGCAAGGAGUCCAUGACCGCCUGCUUCCCAUCAGGACCUUGCUGUGCGGGUUAGAGAUGGGGGCAAUGCCCCACAGCCUCCCACACCCCUCAGUCAGCACGGCUGCUCAGGAAUCCUGGCCAUCUGGGCUGACAGGACUUAGCCCAGGAUUCUGCAGGGUGUGCUAUUUUAAAGCAGCUGAGUGCAGCAUGUGAAAAUAGGAAUCUAGAGCAGGAAGUGUAGCAAGUAGUUCUGGGACUGGGUAGAGAGCAGGACUGAUUUACAAAAAAAUGCAGGACCUGCUGAGGCUCAGCAGGAGGGCUGCAUCCAGGGACCUUUCAUCCAUUAAAGCCGGUACAAUCUGUGUUGCGAUCUGAAGCAGGGAGCAGGAUUUCUGAGUCUCGGCCUUCAAUGUUGAGAUUCACAGGAAAUGUGACUGGUCAUCUACACUGGCGGGGCUGAAAACAGGGCUCAGCUGAGAGGACACCACCUUAGGGACAAGAUUGUCCAGGAAAACAGCACAAGGGCAUACGGGUUAGAUGUUCCUGUACAUAAAAUACUGAAACUACAGACAAUGGGAAGUGGAGAGAGCGAGAACACAAAAUUGGGGUAGUUUGUACAGAACUACAUUUCUAUACUGUAAGAUUUUCGUUACCAAAAUGGGGAAGGGUCAGGUUGAGGCAUUUUUCCAUUUUUUCCCCCUGGAAAAUUUCAUCUGAUCGCAAGUGACUUUUUUUCUUGGUACCAGGGAUCAAACUCAAGACCUUGUGCUUGCCAAGCAGGCAUUUGUGCCAGUGAGCUAAAUCCCCAGCCCUAGGAAAUGAUUUUGUCUGCAAUCUUAACUGACUGGGUUUGUGAGUCCCAUCAGUUUGUCUCCAGAUUCCCUGACCAGGCUCCUUUUCUCCUUCCUUAAAGUCCCAGGAGAUUUCUGAGUUUUAUGCCAUCCAUUCAAAGCCUAUCAGAAGGUGUAGGUUUCUGUUUCUCACUCUCCUGAUCAAUCACCCUUUUGAAAUAGUUGUGAUAGAACAGUUGCACAUACUGGUUGAAUUUGCUUUUGGGGGGGCUGGGGAUUUAGCUCAGCAGCAUAAGCGCCUGCCUUGCAAGCAUGUGGUCAUGAGUUCGAUCCUCAGUACCGAUUAAAAAAAAAAUGAAUUUGCUUUUUUGUUUUUUUAACCAUGUACCUUCAAUUAAAACUGACUUGUAUGUCUUUAUUCCAAAUCUCUUGUUAAUGCUAAGUCAGGCCAAUGGCUUUUGCACUCAAAGAUUUGUUUACUACUUUUAUAGCCAUAUUUGGCAAAUCGUAGUAAUAGAAGCCCUCUUUUCUUCCUCUCUUUGCUUCGUACUGCAAGAUACUCUUUACCCUUUGAGACUACUGCAUUUUAUGAGAAGAACUAGACUGACUGGCAAAAUAGGCUUGCCAGUUGCUCCCAAAUGCUUUGGUUUUGAGAGUUGGGAAAACUCUGAGAACUUAAGGGAACCGAACUCAGGAAUCCCAAAGUUGAUAGCAUUGUGCCAUUAGUUUAGGGGCUGAACAUAGGACCUGUCUACAGCUGAGUGAAUCUGAUGCCUUUGAGUUUGAAUUUCUGUCAUACUGAAAAUGUAAGUCAGCCCUGAGUAAUUGAACACUUUAUUUUAUUUUUUAAUAGGAACUUUCUGAAGAAAAAAGUGGUGUGUAAAACAUUUGAUAUUUAAGACAAUAAAGUUUUUACCAUAAGAA